AAAUAUCAUGUUCUUCAGCCGGGCAAUUAUUGCUGGAAUUUUGAAUUAUCCCUUCCAGGAAAAUUAAUAGAAACGAUUGAACAUUGUAAUAGAAGUUACGUCCGAUAUAGCCUUAAAGCUACUUUAAAAAGACCAACUUUCUCACAAAAUAUUCAUACUAAACGUAAAAUCCAAAUCAAUAGAUGUUUGAUGUCUAAUUAUUUUAAUUCACUGCAAAGUGUUGUUCUUAUUAAUUCAUGGAGGAAUAAAGUUGAAUAUGAAUUUUCAAUCGGAACAGGAUAUUUCUGCCUUGAGAACUUAUUAUGA